AGUGAAGCUGAAGUGAGAUUUUCAAUUGGGGAAACAGCAAUCGUCGAGUUUCCCGGUCGCGACCCGUGAAAUUGCUGGCGGAAUUUGCUGAUUCGCAUCUUCAGAGAGGCUCCGCUUGAAGAUCCGAAAGAGUAUUUAAGUGAGGAAUUCAAUUGAAGGCGUUUUUUACUCGUUACAAAGUAAACAUUUGGUAAUUGAGCGAGUGGAGAACACAAGGUGUUGUCGAAGUUUUCUGCUUAGUAUUGAUUAGCUGAUUUUUCUUCCGUUGACUCGUAUUUGUUAAAGUAUUUCUCAAAGAAUUCAUCAAUUCUUAUGCUAUGAAAUGACCCACAAAAUUAUCUGAAGACUCAAAUUCCGCAGAUAUAUAUUUGUGAAGUCAUCUGGACUAGCCCCUCUUGUUCACCAGCAAAAAGCGCGCCAAGAUCUUCAGCGCCCGAGUUCGGCUCUGGCUCUGAUCUUCACUUCUUCGCGGCGCUCUGCGGCACCUGUCAGUGAUGUUUGUGUACCUGAGUAAGAAGAUCGCGAUUCCCAACAACACGCGCCUCAACUGCAUCUCGUGGAACCGGGAGCAGGGCUAUGUGGCUGUGGGCGGCGACGAGGGCCUGCUGAAGGUGCUGAAGCUCGAGGCAGCGGCGCAGGGCGGCCAGGCUCGCGGCGGCCUCGCGGCGCCCAGCAAUCUGUCCAUGAACCAGACGCUGGACGGUCACAAGGCGUCCGUGCAGGUGGUGACGUGGAAUGAGGCGCAGCAGAAGCUGACCACUUCGGACAGGGACGGUGUGAUCAUGGUGUGGAUGCUGUACAAGGGCUCCUGGUACGAGGAGAUGACCAACGAUCGCAAGAAGUCCACGGUCAAGGGCAUGGCAUGGACGCGCGACGGCCAGAAGAUCUGCAUCGUGUACGAAGACGGCGCGAUAAUCGUGGGCUCGGUGGAUGGGAACAGGAUCUGGGGCAAGGAGCUCAAGGGAACGCCGCUGACGGGCGUCCAGUGGAGCCCUGAUGGCCGGCUGCUACUCUUCAGCGUUCGCUCCGGCGAGCUUCAUCUGUACGACAACCAAGGCGCCUUCGUGAUGCGUCUGCACGUGCAGUGCGUGAGCCUCGGACCUUCGAGAUCGCUCUCCAUCGCCUCUUGCGUGUGGUUCUCGGGCUCAGCGCCGGCCAAUCGGCCAGUCUUGGCUGUUCUGUACGAAACAGGGCGAAUGCAGCUGAUGAGGAGCGAAAAUGACGACCUGCCCAUCAUUGUGGACACACAAAUGCAGGCCAUCUCGUGCCAGUGGAAUCACGAUGGCGCAAUCCUCGCCGUGUGCGGCAUGAAGAGCUCAGGGAGCGACAAGGAGUCCAACCAGGCAAUGUUCUACUCCGCUUAUGGCGUCCACUUGAGGACGCUGAAGAUCCCAGGACGUGAAGUGACUUCGCUGGCGUGGGAGGGACGAUCUCUGAGGAUCGCCUUUGGAGUGGAUUCCUUCAUCUACUUCGCCAACAUCCGACCGGACUACAUGUGGUGCUCCUUCGCCAAGACGGUGGUGUUUCUAAACGCUGACGGAGUCACUUUCACCUUCUGGGACACAAGCUCGAACCAGUGCUUCAGCAAGAGCGUUGAGACGCCUCUCAGCGUGGCCGCAUCUGUUGAUCACUGCGUUCUGGCCGUGGAAGCUCCACGUUUGGCCUCCAGGGACGCCAAUGUGGCGGUGGAGAACAACUUCCCCGACCAGGCGAUGUUUCAGCUGCUCGUGUGCAACUCCAUGAGCACGACAGUGGACUCCAGGUACAUCGACCUCUGGCCACAUUUCGUGGCCAUGAACAGCAGUCACGUUGCUGUGGCUUCGAAGGAGCAGUUCCUGCUGUGGCCCUAUCGCACGCCCAAGGGCGUCUCCGCACUGCCGAGCACAAAGGCUCGGAGGGAGCGUCGCUUUCACGUGGACGACACGCCAUCAGGCGUAGCGGAAGUGCUGAAUGACCUGGACAGGGGCGGUUUCGAGGUACCCACAGCCACUGGCGGGACAACGGACCCCAUCUGCUGCAUCGCGGCCUCGGACAAGGUGCUGCUGGUGGGCAGAGAAAGCGGAACUAUGCAGGAGUACAGCAUUCCGCACGUGGCGCUCCUGCAUCGGCACACCGUGCCGGGCAGAGCUUACAAGAUCGCCGUGAACAGCAACAGCACGCGCGCAGCGGUUAUUGACGCCACGGGCGCGCUCACGACACUGUCUCUAGGCGGCAGAGAGGCGCCUGGCAGCCAACUGGAGCGCAAGGAUGUGUGGGCGAUGUGCUGGGCGAGAGAUAAUCCGCAAUUGUUAGCGAUCAUGGAGAAAACGCGAAUGUAUGUGCUGCGCGGAGCGGAUCCGGAGGAGCCAAUCUCCUGCUCAGGCUACAUUUGCAACUUUCAGGAUCUAGAGAUCACUGGAGUGCUGCUGGAUGAUAUUGUGAGCGGCAGUGCGACGCCCAACAGUGCAGAUCACAUUCUACAGUUGCGCGUGAAGUCCCUGAGGGACACUGAGGAGCUGCUGAAUCACGUGGGAAUUGCGGAAGCGAAGCAAUUCAUUGAAGAUAAUCCGCAUCCGCGCCUCUGGCGUCUUCUGGCAGAGGCUUGCCUGAAGAAGCUGGACUUAGAGACGGCCGAGGCUGCUUUCGUGCGGUGCACAAACUACGCGGGAUUGCAGCUGAUCAAGCGCUUGCGCAGCAUCCAAAACGAGAACCUGAAGAGGGCCGAAGUGGCAUCGUUCUUUGGAGACUUCGACGAAGCCGAGAAGCUCUAUAUCGACGCCGAUCGCCGGGAUUUGGCCAUCCAGCUGAGACAGACGCUGUGCGACUGGUUCAGAACAGUGCAGCUGUACAGAAUGGGACCGGGAAUCUCUGACCAGCAGAUGGAGCAGGCCUGGGUGGAGAUUGGCCAUCACUUCGCCCACCUGAGAUCCUGGGAGAGCGCGCGGGAAUACUACGAGAAGGCGCACCACAUCGAGGGACUGAUGGAGGCGCUUUAUCAGCUGGAGCUGUAUGAGGAUUUAGAGGCGUGUGUGGCCAGGGUUCCGGAAGGCAGUCCUCUGCUGGCGCGUUUAGGACAGAUGCUCUCCUCCGUGGGCAUGUGCGACGCCGCCGUUGGCGCUUUCUUACGCCUGGGCGACGUGAAGUCCGCUGUGAACUGCUGCGUGGCGCUCAGACAAUGGGGAGCGGCCGUCGAGCUGGCGCAGAAGUACCGAAUGCCUCAGAUAGGCGCCCUCCUGGCGAAGCACGCCGCUCAGUUGCUCCAGGACGGACGCCUGCCCGAGGCCGUUGAGCUGCAGCGCAAGGCUGGACGGUUUUUGGACGCUGCGCGUUUGUUGGUGCGCCUGGCGGAGGAUGAGGUGGCGCGGAAAGCCGACCGGCUGCUCAUCAAGAAGCUCUACGUGUUGGCGGGACUUCUGACUGAGGAUCACGUGAGCGUGCAGUGUUCUCUCACGGGCAACAGCCGGGCGACGGUGAUGAGCCACUUGUCACCGGAAGACGCGCUGCUGAUCGAGCGCAUUUGGCAGUUCGCCGAAGGCUACCACUUCCUGCUCCUCGCUCAGCGGCAGCUGAAGUCGGGCCUGAUGCACAGCGCAGUGCUCACGACGCUCAGGCUGCGGGAAUACGAGAAUGUGCUGGACGCCGAGGAGAUUUACGGGCUGCUGGCGCUCGCCAGCUGUGCCGAUCGCUCCUUCGGCACUGCCUCCAGAGCCUUCAUCAAACUGGAGGCUCUAGAGGCGUUGCCGGAGCCGCGCAGAGUGCAGUACGAGGAGCUCUCGGUGGCCAUCUUCUCCAGGCACGAGCCCACCGACACACAGACGGACAGGGCGUCAUGCUUCACCUGUGAAGCCCUCGUGGCUGAUUCCUGCGCCUCCUGUCCACACUGCGGCACCAGAUUCCCCGCUUGCGUUGCCUCUGGCAGAGCUCUCGUGAAUCCCACAGACGCCUGGCUCUGCGCCGUGUGUCACCACUUGGCAAGCCCUGGGGAGAUUGCCACGAGGCGUUCCUGCCCACUAUGUCACGGCCUGAUCGGCGCCACGUCGUCAGGAGCGCGUGACAGCACGGAUCUCUGAAUAAACAACACUCUUCACC